CUUGUUCUUUCCCCCAUUUCCUUCACCAUGUCGGGCCUCUAUCUCCUAGAUUAUGGCGCUGGAAACGUCCAGAGCCUUGCAAACUCUCUGAAGAAGCUAGGCUAUCAAUUUACAUGGAUUUCAAAACCAGAAGAUUUUCAAAAGGCCACUAACCUCAUAUUCCCUGGAGUAGGAUCGUUCCAAUCUGCCAUCGGACACCUCCAAUCUCGCGGUCUCCUCGAACCACUGCGAGAGUAUAUCAAAUCAGGCAAACCGUACUUUGGCAUCUGCAUCGGAAUGCAGGUCCUCUUCGAGUCGUCGGCCGAAGCAUCGCUCAAAGGACUGGGUAUUAUCCCAUGUCCGAUAGAAGGCUUUGACGAUUCGGACAAGGCAGUCCCUCAUAUGGGAUGGAAUGCUGCAGAGGUCGUCGAUCCUAGCCAGAGCUCCGAUGGCGCCAAACCCUCUACCCACUACUACUUUGUUCACUCGUAUUGCGCCAAGUACAAUCCCGAGAAAUAUCCCGAGGCUAUGUCAUGGGCCUAUACCACGACACAAUAUGGCCAAGAGAUUUUCCUCUCGUCUGUACGAAAAGCGAAUGUCUUUGGCACCCAAUUCCAUCCAGAGAAAUCUGGUGAAGCCGGCCUUGCUCUCAUCGACGCCUGGUUGAAGGAAUCACCCGCCACCCACACCUCCACACCUCCCGCACCCCUUCGUACCAUCCUCCCCAAGCCCAGCCAUUCACUGACCAAACGCAUUGUCGCUUGCAUGGACGUUCGCGCGAACGACCAGGGCGAUCUCGUCGUAACCAAAGGUGACCAAUACGAUGUUCGUGAAAAGGCCGUCACCGCAGACACUGCAGGUGCAGUACGAAAUCUCGGCAAACCCGUCACCCUCGCAGAGAAAUACUUCGAAGCAGGCGCAGACGAAUUGUGCCUUCUCAACAUCACCUCCUUCCGCCACUCUCCACUCCGUGACCAACCCAUGCUGGCUGUGGUACGCGCUGCAGCGGAACGCGUCUUUGUCCCAUUGACUAUCGGUGGUGGCAUCAAAGAUAGCGUUGACCCUGACGGCACCCCACGCUCGGCGAUCGAAGUGGCUGGAGCUUACUUCCGAGCAGGAGCGGACAAGGUUAGCAUUGGCUCGGAAGCAGUUUACGCUGUCGAGCGUCUUCGAGCAUCUGGAUGGGAGAAGGGAGACGGUACGAGCGCCAUCGAGACAAUUGCCCAUGCGUACGGAAGGCAAGCGGUUGUGGUGUCCAUCGAUCCGAAACGGUGCUAUGUGGACCCCGCAACUUACCAGGGACCCUAUGCAGCCGAGUUGGUUUACGGCAAACCAGACGGGCCAGAGAAGGAACGAGGCAAGGCGUGGUGGUACCAGUGUACAGUUUCAGGUGGCCGCGAGACCCGAGAUGUGUCAGCAGUUGAACUGGCGAGAGGAGUGGAGAUUUUGGGCGCAGGCGAAAUCCUGGUUAAUCUGGUAGAUCGAGAUGGCACCGGGCUGGGUUUCGACCUUGACCUUGUCAAUCUCAUCAAGCGGACGGUCAAAAUACCGGUGGUGGCAAGCAGUGGAGCAGGUAGUGCCCAGCACUUCGUUGACGUGUUUACCGGCACACCAGUUGAAGCUGCUCUCGCCGCUGGUAUUUUCCACAGAGAAGAGGUGAAGAUUGAAGACGUGAAGCGGGCGCUGAAGGAAGCAAGGAUCAACGUACGAGACCCGUAA